CAAUAACAUCUUCAGCCCCUUUGCAAGGCAUCAAUUUGAGCAGAUUGAUCCCUUUCAGAGCUCGUACAAAAGAUAUCAAAGCAAUCAGUCAAAUGGUCAAACAAAAAGUUGAACAUCGUCAUGAUCUUUGGUGUGAAGCAAAUUUGAUUGCAAAUCAAUACAAAUCACCCGAAAAGGAGAAAGCCGCAUUCCCGGAACGUCAUUUUCUUUCUCGCAGUGAAACUGUUCCAAGACACACUGGUAAAUCAUUAAAUCUUCCAUCGCCACCGCCACAAAGCCCACAAGAUCAUGAUGAUAGUGGCGGUACAAGCACAACUCCUACCAGAUUCACAUCAAAUAUGACCAACUUCUCACCGCUUUCCCCUCAAUUUGCACAUAGGCCUGAUCGUCCCAAACCGGGUCAGCAACGUGGCGCUGGUGGAUACGAUGAUCGAUUGAGCGUAUCGGAAUAUUCACUUGCAUCUCCGGUAACGUACAGCUUUGCAUCAAACGAUAUGAACACGCCAUCUUCGAUUUCAACAUCAUUUGUUUCUACUCCAAGUCCAAUAAACGGUUGGAAGGUUUGCAGUGAAAAUCGUGAACCUGCUGUACGUGAUUGUGUUUCUUCUUUGAGCGUUUCUGCUCCUGCCCAUUCCUCCUCUUCAACAAUCUUACGCAGUGAAAGUUCAACAAACGGUCAAUCUGAAUUCAAAAAGAGUGUCGAUCUUAACAUCCUACAAACAUCUUAUCGUGGCAGUACGGAUGAAGGCAAGCAAAGGCUGCACAGUACAGUAUAUGCGAGCACAAAAACAGUCAAAAAGAAACCAGUCAACGCUUCGGAUAAAUUCGGUCAACAACGAAUCCCUCUCGCGAUCAAAUCGAUUGGUGCUUCACGUUCUUUUGAUCUUUUGCGUAGGAAUGGCUCCAAUUCACCUCAUACAGUGAAUAAUACGGCUGAUGGCGAAUACAUCAAUUCAAAGGAUUCAAAGUUGAACAAGAUUCGUCGAAAGAGUAGCUUAGGCUUUCAAUCCAUCCAACAAAGGCAGGUCCAAAAGAAUGAAGGCUUAGUGGAUGCAGAAGCUGUUGGCCGAAGUAGCCCUCGUAGUAACAUUUUACGUCGAUUACGUGCAAAUACCUCUGUUGCCGAGAGUGAUUCACAAUCAAUCACUUCGCCUAGAAUGACAUCAAGUCAUUUUCCCCAAUCUGAUGGAUAUGAUCGCAUGCAAGCCACAACCCCCACAAGUUCACCUUGGACUUUGGUAGCGACUGGCUUGGAAGAUGAUCAUACAAUCCCACAACAGCAACAAUACCCACCUCAAAAGAGGGUCAAUUUUGAAACAGAUAUCAUCAAUCGAGUAUUCUGAUAUCCUCCACCUUAUACCCCUAUUGUGUUUGUCUACAUACAUAAUUUGCACAUAUACCAAAACACUCCUUCAUUCCAUUUUCACAUUUUUCGAAGAAUUUGUAGAGUGUCUUACAAAGUUUCAAUGAAGAUCG